UUAGUUAAGCAUUGGCUCGUAGCAGUACAUGUACCCCCCCGAGGUUGUUGACAGUCACUUGGUUGUCAAUAGCAACCAAUCAGCUAUGAAGUGUUCAUAAGCAAUGAACUCCAUAAAAGGUAAUACAAGGAUAAAUAAGGCUAACAAUGAAAUUAAUAAACAAAAAUCCCGGAUUGUUAUUUCAGAAGUGCCCUAUAGACCAAGUUUGGUUUUACAGAUGCUGAUGGUUGGUAAUGUCUACUUAUCAAUUGCAUGGAAUGUAAUUUAUGGUAUUUAUAUCAUCUAUGUGCUCUCUGAUCUUUAUGACUUACAUGGCAUUUGUGUAAUAAUCGCCUACUUAGUAGGCUCCUUGGUGGAAUUCUAUAGAUUACGUAUGGGCUAUAAGGGCAAUUUACAAGGAAGGCCCGGAGAUUUGUGUACCUUCUUGAUAUUGUCCCCCUUGGUCCAAUUGCCUAUACUGAUAUUUUUGUUACUUUCGGCUAAGGAAUUCAACUCAAUAAUUUUAUUUAUAACCGUAGGCUCUUUGAUCAUAAUGGCUUUGGAGUUUAUAUUUGGUUUGGCCAUAUUAUGGCCUAAAUCUGAUCGAUUUGUUAUAGUGAAAAAAUAACUUUUACAUUUUUAUUAUAAUUAUUAUUAAGACUAAAAACUACA